GUUUCGUCACUGACUCGUGCUUGACGGUGAAAGUCGGCUCUCAAGGCAGAAAUUAAUUUUGAAAAACUCGAAAAGUUUUUGAGAGAAAAAGAAAUUAUAAAAAGGGAAAAAAAUGGGUCGAGCACUGCAUUUUGUUUUUAAAAUUGCGGAACGUAAAUUAACCGCAAAAUUCUAUCGAGAAAUACUUGGAAUGAAGGUUUUAAGACACGAGGAAUUUUCCGAAGGAUGUGAAGCUGCAUGCAAUGGACCGUACGCGAAUCGAUGGAGUAAGACAAUGAUUGGAUAUGGACCAGAAGAUUCACAUUUCGUCAUUGAAUUGACAUAUAAUUAUGGAAUUAAUUUUUAUGAAUUGGGAAAUGAUUUUCGUGGAAUUACCAUUCGAUCGAAGGAGGCAAUUCAAAGGGCCAAGUCUGAUGGUUGGCCAAUGAAGGAGGAAAAUGGAAAAUUCAUUCUCGAAGCUCCUGGUGGUUAUAAAUAUUUUCUUAUUAAUGAAUCUCAACCAAUGGAUAAAGAUCCAGUGGAAAGUGUCUCGCUGUCCAGUUCAAAUCUUCAGCGGAGCAUUGAUUAUUGGCAGGGAAUUUUGAAACUAAAUGUCUUCGAGAAAAAUGAGAAAAGCGUCGUUCUGGGAUUUGACAAGGAUCAAGCAAAAUUAAAAAUCGAAGAUAUAGGUGCUGAAGUGAAUCAUGCGAAAGCUUACGGACGAAUUGCUUUCUCGAUUCCAUUUGAUCAACAGCCGGAAAUUCAGAAAAAAAUUCAAGAAAGUGGAAACAAAAUUUUAACGGAUCUGAUUACUCUGGACACACCGGGAAAAGCUUCUGUUCGUGUUAUUAUUUUAGCCGAUCCGGAUGGUCAUGAAAUUUGUUUCGUUGACGAUGAAGGAUUUCGAAAACUUUCGGUACCAGAUUAUCCGAGUGAAAAGAUUUUGGAUAGGUUCAUUGCAAAAGAGGAAAAAGCCGCACCAGGUGAAAUUCAGAAAACUUCCGCCUAAUUUACAACUUGAAAUUAAUAUUUUCAAGAAAUUUUAUAACCUUUUUUAAUUAAUGAAACUAUUAAUUUUUUUUUUAUUCUUAUUUAGAAAACUAACAAAAUAUUAAUUUAAUAUUUAUAAAAACCAAUU